AUGUCCUCCUCGCUCACCGAGAGUGUGCCUCAGCACUGGGUGGCAACACUGCGUCCAUACCUGCAGCGGGCAGAUGAGUUUGACAAGUUGCAGCCCGCCAUCGCGUAUUUUCUGCGCACACACGUUGCCCACCUGGCCAUGCGGCAGCGGCGGAAGGAGGACCACGCCGGGACGCAGUACCUGCGCCAGCUUCUCGAGGCCCUGGAAAGUGACAAGCAGCGCCUCGGGCCGGGUGUUACCGAAGCGGACGGCCGCACCCUGUUGACAAAGAUGGCGCUCACCUUGUUUACGCGGGCCGACGACGCGGAACGCAGCGGGGCUCCGGCGGACAUGGGCCUCGUGCGGUUAUUCUUCACCACCUCCAUUUUGCUGGAUGCCACGGCGCAGUUUACUGAGAACGGUGAGCUUGACCCCAUCGCAGCGAAGCGGCGCGACUACGCCCGCUACAUCGCAGUGCGCAUGAAGAAGGCGCUUGAGAGCGGCGUCCCGUACGAGAGCCCCAACGCCGCGGGGAUGUCGGAGGGCCGCGACGACGCUGCCACAGACGACACGAGCGAUGAUAGAGAGGCACAGCAGCAGCAGCCACUGUUUCCCACAGCGGCCCAGCAGCCCGUGAUGGGCUUUGGAGAUCCGCCGCCGCCGCCGCCGCCGCCGCCGCCGCCGUAUAAGCCAAGCAGCCCUUUACCGCAGCCGGUGCCUGCGGUGCCCAUGAUGGCACCCGGCAAUAGUAUUGGGACCGGUGGUCCUUCAAUGGACGCCAUUAUCAGUGCGCAGAAAUGUGCCAAGCAGGCGGUGAGUGCGCUGCAGUUUUACGAUCAUGUGACUGCGCGAAAGCAGCUCAUAUCCGCCCUGAAAUUUAUUGACGGGAGCUGA